AUGAGUCCGCUCACUCUGGCAGCCUGGAAUGUUCGUUCCCUUUUAGACAAUCCGAGGAGCAACCGACCGGAACGAAGGAUAGCGCUAGUGGUUCGGGAACUGGCGCGCUACAAGGUGGACAUCGCCGCACUCAGCGAGACCCGAUUCUCUGAACAAGGCCAAGGAGAGGACGCGGGUGCCGGCUACACCUUCAUCUGGAGCGGUCGCCCCAGGGCAAAGCGACGAAACACGGGUUUCGCCUUUACCAUCCAGAACAGCAUCGUGGAACAACUGCCAUGUCUGCUGCAGAGCAUUAACGAUCGUCUGGUGAGCCUCCGCCUGCCUCUUCGCGAGGCGAAUUCGCAAACAUAA